UCUUUUCAUUCCUCCAAUGCCCACGUCAUCACACCUCUGCCCUGUGUACAGUGCUCAGUGCCCCCGCCCCUUCUUCACCCUUCACCCCUCUGCAUCUCCGAAACACCGGGGCCUGUUCCUGUACUGCACUCCGGUGCCGGAGACCUGUGUUCUGUCCCUGAGCGCGACUCACAGUCUUCUCCACCAUGAAUUUCCUAAGGGGAGUGAUGGGAGGUCAGCAGAGCUCCGGGGUGCAGCCAUCUGGAGCGGAAACUAUUCAGAAGUUGUGUGAUAGAGUUGCUUCAUCUACUUUGCUAGAAGACCGAAGAGAUGCUGUAAGAGCACUCAAGUCCCUGUCAAAGAAAUAUCGUCUUGAGGUGGGCACUCAGGCAAUGGACCAUCUCUUGAAUGUGCUACAGACUGAUCGAUCCGAUUCUGAAAUCAUUGGCUAUGCAUUAGAUACAUUGUACAAUAUUGUGUCAAAUGAUACAGAGGAGGCAGCCGAAUCUGAAGAUGAGAACCAGCAAGUACAGACCGAUGAUCUCGGAGUCCAGUUUACAGAAUUGUUCAUGAAACAGGAAAACGUAACACUUUUACUAUCGGUUUUGGAGGAGUUUGAUUUCCAUGUGCGCUGGCCUGGAGUGAAAUUACUGACUACUCUUCUUAAGCAGCAGGGACCUCAAGUGCAGCAGAUUGUUUUAGUCUGCCCAAUGGGUGUUUCUAGGCUUAUGGAUCUUCUGGAUGAUUCCAGGGAGGUGAUUCGUAAUGAUGGUCUUUUAUUACUUCAACAGUUGACAAAAGGCAAUGCGGCUAUUCAAAAAAUUGUAGCUUUUGAAAAUGCUUUUGAGAGACUUCUGGACAUAAUUACUGAAGAGGGAAGCAGUGAUGGUGGAAUUGUAGUCGAGGACUGUCUAAUAUUACUUCAAAAUCUGCUGAAGUAUAACAACUCGAAUCAAAAUUUCUUCAAAGAAGGAUCCUACAUCCAGCGAAUGAAGACUUGGUUUGAAGUGGGUGAUGACAACUCUGGGUGGUCUGCACAAAAAGUCACUAACCUUCACUUGAUGCUGCAGCUGGUUCGGGUUCUGGUGUCUCCAAUGAAUCCGCCUGGUGCCACUAGCAGUUGCCAGAAGGUCAUGUACCAGUGUGGUUUGCUACAGCAGCUUUGCAUCAUCUUAAUGGCAACAGGUGUUCCUGCUGACAUUCUAACAGAGACCAUAAACACAGUGUCUGAGGUAAUAAGGGGAAGCCAAAUUAACCAAGACUAUUUUGCAUCUGUAAACGCUCCAUCAAAUCCACCAAGACCUGCAAUUGUCGUGCUUUUGAUGUCCAUGGUGAAUGAAAGACAGCCUUUUGUUUUGAGAUGCGCCGUUUUAUACUGCUUUCAGUGCUUCCUCUACAAGAACCAAAAGGGUCAAGCGGAAAUCGUAGCAACUCUUCUGCCCUCAACUAUUGAUGCAACGUCACUCUCAGCUGGACAACUGCUCUGCGGGGGUCUCUUUUCUACGGAUUCCCUUUCCAAUUGGUGUGCCGCAGUUGCACUGGCUCAUGCUCUGUUAGAGAAUUCUACCCAAAAGGAGCAGCUGCUGAGGGUUCAGCUUGCAACCAGUAUUGGUAACCCUCCUGUGUCCUUACUGCAGCAGUGCACCAACAUCUUGUCACAGGGAGAUAAGAUCACCAGACGGGGUAGUAAAGUACAGACCAGGGUUGGGCUGUUAAUGUUGCUGUGCACUUGGUUAUCCAGCUGCCCCAUUGCAGUUACACAUUUCCUUCACAAUGCAGCUAAUGUGCCUUUUCUCACAGCGCAAAUAUCGGAGAAUCUUGGAGAAGAAGAGCAGCUUGUUCAGGGUUUGUGUGCUUUGCUGCUUGGAAUCUGCAUUUACUACAAUGACAACUCACUUGAAAACAAUACCAAAGAAAAGCUGAAACAGUUGAUAGAGAAGAGACUCGGGAAGGAAAUCUUUAUCGAAAAGCUAAGCUUUAUCAACAAGCAUGAAUGUUAUUCAAAAGCUGCUCAAAAACCUCAGCCCACUUUCUCUAGUCCUGAUAACAUGAUGUUUGAUCAUGAGUUCACGAAAUUAGUUAAAGAACUAGAAGCUGUCAUUAUAAAGGCUGUCUACAAAUCUAGCGAAGAAGACAAGAAAGAGGAAGAGGUUAAAAAGUCUCUGGAGCAGCAUGAUAACAUCAUAUCGCACUACAAAAAUGUCAUCCGGGAACAGGACACUCAGAUAGAGGAGUUGAAACAAUCGGUUUCUUCUUUACAAGUUAAAAAUGAACAGUUUCAAACUACAGUCUCACAGCAGCUUGCCCAAAUUCAACAACACAAGGAUCAGUACAAUGUUCUCAAGAUACAACUAGGAAAAGAUAACCAGCAUCAUAAUGCCCACAAUAGCAGUGCACAGGUUAAUGGUUUUCAACCUGAAGAGGUCAGUCGAUUAAAAGAGGAAAUUGAAGAAUUGAAGAAACAGCAGGAUUUACUGAAAGGAGAACUCUCGGAGAAAAAUACCCUCAUACAGAAUCUGAGCAGUCAACCUGGUAGUCAGACAGACCAAGUGACUGGAGGAUCUGAACAAGUUUCAGACCUACAAAAGGAUAUAGAAACACUAAGAUCUCAGUUAUAUGUUCAGUCAUCUGAAAUCAACAGACUACAAACAGAAAGAAUGGAACUCCUUCAAAAAAUAGAAGCAAAUGCUGCAGCAGGUGGUGAUCAUGCACCUCAAGUUAAAAAUAUUGAACUUGAAGAGAAAGUGGCAAGUUUAUUAAAGGAGGUUAACAGCACAAAGGAAGAACUGAAAGCUGUGUCUGAAGAGAGAGCCUCUUUAAAACAGGAGCUAGACUCUGUUCGCAGCACAGCAGCCAUUCUACAAGAUGAAAAACUCAAACUGACGCAGGAUGUCUCUGAGUCUAAGAAGGAACAGGAUGAUCUUCUGAUCCUCUUGGCUGAUCAAGAUCAAAAAAUCCUUUCUCUAAAGAAUAAGCUCAAAGAACUUGGAGAACAGGUUGAAGACGAAGAUGACUUGGAGUCUGGGGAUGCAGCAGAUGAAGAUGAUCUGGAUGACGACGACGGCAGGGAAGAUGACAUGUAGAGACUUGUGCUGUGUAAAAACGUAGUUGUCAUUUUCCAGAAGAGUGACAUCUCUAGUGAUUUCCUUGAAUCAGCCUUUAGAGUGGUCAUGCGAGAGGGUAUGCACAUAGGAGAUCUUUAAAGGUUCAAGCAAAUGCCAUAUGCAUAUACAGUUAAGUGAAUUCAAGAAAAACGGGGCAGUUAGGAAAGUGAAUUUUAAAUUUGGUCAUUUAUAGUUAAGGCAGUGUUAUUUCAGCACCUUUGUGGUACCCUCUAUUUUCUUGUAAAAGGGAAAUACAUUGCUGUGCAAUGCCAGAUCUUCAAUGCUUGUGCAAAUACCUUUGCCUGUUUAGCUCUUCAGGUGCAGUCAGUUCACCUUUCUGUAUGGAGGAACAUUGUGGCAUUACAAUAGAGCUGUGUUCGUUAUAGCCAUACUCUAUGCUCUUUUUUGUAACUGGGGAGAGAAAAGUACAGUGGAGGGUUGUAAAAUAAAGCCCCCUCUGUUCCUUUUUUCCUCUUAGAUUUUAUGAAUGAGUAUAGGAGAUGUCAGAUGUGAUAUUUAAUGCGUUCACUCCUAAAACAGCUACAUUAUUCAUUUUUCAAGGCAAUGGCACCUUCUGCUGCAACAGUGGGGGCAUCCGUGUUUGUAGUACUGCUAAAUUCUCAUUUCUUUUAUUUCUGACAAGCUUUAUUUUUUUUUUUAAGUGGCCGGAGAGUUAGGAAACACACAUAACCCAUUUAUGAUGUUUUCUUCAGUGGUUUACUUUGCUAUGAAAGAGAAGACAAAUUUAUAUAAUUUAUUGGCUUAAGUUGGGCCAUAGAAAAUUAACAACAGAUUGACAUUUUAAAGGAGUGAAAAAUAUGAAUUACAUUAAUUUCAUGUUUUACAAUUAAAACAAUGCAUUUACUUACCA